AAUGAAUCCAGCCAAUCAGGGGGAGAGAGGUUAUGGUAAUGAGCGGUGUCAUGUGGGCGUGACGUCAGUGACAGCGGGUGUAAGAUGGCGGCGCUCUUGUUGAGGCACACUGCGCGGCAAUGUCUCCGCUCCCAGCUCCGGCCAGCCUUCUGCAUCCGAAAUGCACUUCCCAUGGGUACAUCUGCCAAACAGGAAAUGGAUCGGUUUUGGGAAAGGAACACCCGUUUGAAUCGUCCUAUGUCCCCUCAUAUCACUAUUUACGGAUGGUCUCUGCCCAUGAUGCUGUCCAUCUCGCACAGGGGCACCGGCAUCGCCUUGAGCGCUGGUGUGUCCUUAUUCAGCCUGGCAGCUGUGGCUCUCCCCGGAGACUACGCCUCAUACCUGGAGCUAAUAAAAUCUCUUAGCCUGGGACCUGCACUGAUAUAUUCGGCUAAAUUUGCCAUUGCGUUCCCCUUCAUGUUCCACACCUUGAAUGGCAUCAGGCAUCUGACCUGGGACCUUGGCAAAGGCUUUAAGAUCCCUGAAGUCUACCAGUCGGGUUACAUAGUGCUGGCUCUCACCUUGCUGUCGGCAGCUGGCAUUGCUGCACUGUAAUUGGAGCGCACUUCACCACCCAGCUUAAAGCCACCCACUUAUUUCAUUCGCAAUUAAUUUCCAAAUAUUUUCAUUGCAGAGACCGGUUUGCAGCAGUUUCUCGCCCACUUCUCUUCCUCGUCUCCUAACACAAGUUUCCUGGCCUGUUUGUGGUAGUUGUAGGCGAUGUAUAGAGCCAGCUUGUUAGAUCCUCCGGUAUGUGUCAUGGGCAUUUCAUACCAUCCAAUUUUGGUUUACAAUCUAUGUAGAGAUCCUUCAACCCCUCUAGAGGUGACCCCGUCACACUCCAUGCGGCCAAAGGUCAGACUGUAUUAGUCCUGAUUGCUAGUGGACUCUGUGCCUUUCACUCAUUAGUCAAUGGCUGCAGAAUCUUUGACAUUUAAAGGGAAAGUGUUGUGACGUCUCUCUUUUGGCUACGCUCCUUCCAGAAGUGUUUUCGGCUAAGGUUAAAAUGUGCGUUUUUAUUUUAUAUUUUCUAAAGUCUCAAGUCCCAGUGCAGUUCCUGUGAGGAUGGGAAGAUUGUGGCAAAGAUGGGACACACGGUGCGGGGCUGUAUGACUUUUAUUGGGGGGCUCCGUGGUAGAACAAGUGAUACAUUUUUGCUCUAUGGUCUCCUCUGGCUUGGCGUUUAAGCCGGACUUCAUGAGAGAACGUGCCUGUGUGUCCUCCUUCGUGGACUGACAAUGGCUUCUCUUGUCUAAAGUUAGUGUGGGAAGGGAAUUAAAAUUCCACAAUUUGUGUGGGAAACAUCGAAAGGGCAAAUGUAACGUUCUGCAAUGGAUGGAAGAGAGACGGCAGCCGCACGAAUCCAGAUGGGGACACAGGAGAUCCAUAAAUAUCCUAAAUGUUUAUCAAUGGACUUCCUUGGCCCUUGAUCUGAUUACUUGCAAUCUUAUACCAAAGCCAACUCACGUUCUAUGUGUGUUUAGAAAAUAAGUGUCAUCUGCACAAAGGGAAUUCUCACCCCCCCCCCCUUAUUUAUCCGUUGUAUUGAGAAGGGAAGUCCUCUAUGACCAGGCCUAGACAAGGUUUUUGUGAAUCUACAAAUGCCUCACAUGCUCUGGUAGCUGCCAGGGUAUUUUGGGACUUGUAGUUCCACAGAUCGUCCAGACUUGCUCUGUAUUCAUCAGCAGAUGGGUGGAAGUUAAUCUAUGCUGUCCUGCGCACAGAGUUUAUUCUCGCCCUACCAGGCGCUGUCACCAGACAUUGCAGACCCCUAGCCUGAUAGUGAUGGAACUUGCUUAUCUACAGGCCGAGUCAUUAUAUAAUUUGCUUUCACAAUCACCUGAACAUCUCCCUGCAUUGUUCUAAGAAUAAACAAGAUUUGUGUUCCUGUAUAAUUCAAUAAAAUCUAUUCUUAA